AUGCUUCUACAGCUCGUCGUGAUGUCCGCCCUGCUUGGGGCGUGUUCGUUUGGUGCUGGAAUGCUUCCCUUGUCCUUUGUCUUUGCCAAAAACCAGGUUGAUCGUCUCGCCGCCCUUGGAACGGGUCUCCUCUUAGGAGCUGCGCUGGGUGUUAUCAUUCCAGAAGGGAUGGAAACGAUAGUCGCCGCUCAUCCAAACCAGCCUUUUCCAAUCUCACAAGUAGCUUUAUCUCUUCUCGUGGGUUUCACGCUCAUGCUCAUAAUUGAACAACUCGUAACGCCAAAUGCACACACCCACGACGCGUCAAGCGACCUCAUCAUGCGCCCCAAAAAUACCCCGCUCACCUUGGAAUUUGACGCUGACUUGGGAGAUCUUGAGAGCAGCCAGGGAUCCUCAGUACUACCCCAAUCUCUUGAAACCGGGAGCGGAAGAGAACGCGCCUUCCCGCUGACACUUGGCUUGGUCAUACACAGCCUUGCAGACGGUAUAGCAUUAGGUGCCGCCAACCUAGCCAAGACAACGCCAGGAACGGCAAACACGGUGUCGUUCAUCGUAUUCCUUGCUUUGCUGCUUCAUAAAGCACCCACAUCGCUCGCACUCACAACUUCCCUCAUCGCUACAAAUUUGCCACGGCCUGAUUGCAAAAAGCAUCUUGCCGUCUUCAGUGCAUCAACGCCCCUAAGCGCCAUCGCGUCGUACCUUUUGUUCUCCCUGCUUGGCGACGGCGAUGGUGGCGGUUUGACAGGCGUUGCUCUCUUGUUGUCGGGUGGCACGUUUCUUUAUGUUGCAACUGUGCUGCAACCUAUUUCGCAUCACUCGGCUACUGCAGCGGACAUAAAACCUUUGACAAGAGUCUUGCAUAUCACGGCAGGGAUAUUUAUUCCUUAUGGUUUGAGCACGUUCCUUGGGCGUGGUCAUUGA